AUGGUGGUGCCUCAAAAACCCCAGCCAGGUACUGGCCAACUUGAAGUCCACGCCUUUUGCGGCUCUUCUUCCAUUUCCGCGCUUUCAUGCACAUACCCUCUCAAACUCGUGUCGCCACCAUCCAGACCAACCGACCAUGCUGUGCUUGUCUUCAUGAUGAGUUAUGGUGGCGGCCUGGUCGCCGGUGACUGUGUAGACUUGAACAUCAGAGUUCGACCGAAGUCGCGACUAGCCCUUCUUACGCAAGGAAGCACCAAGGUGUACAAGACACCAUCCAAGUCAAUACGCUCACACCAAGAUCUCACUGUCACAGUGGAAGAAGGAGCAGCGCUCCUACUAUUACCGGACCCGGUACAGCCAUUCAAAGACAGUUCGUAUGAGCAAUGUCAAAUAUUCCACGUCCACCAUUCUCUGUCCAGUAUACUAGUCCUAGACUGGGUUUCCGAAGGACGAACUGCGAGAGGUGAGGCCUGGGAAUUUUUCGGAUGGAAGGGUCGAAAUGAGAUUUGGUCACUUCCUGAUCCAGACAAAGGAACCAAGAAGAAGCUCUUGAUCCGAGAUAGUAUGGUUCUGGAUGAAACAUCGUCCACGAAGCGAAGCUAUAGUGAUGAAAUGGACGAUCUCGGGGUUUUUGGCACACUCAUCAUUCGAGGCCCCAUGUUUCGUGCUCUUGGCGACUUCUUUCUGGCGGAGUUCUCCCGUCUCCCACGCAUUCGAGCGAAUGGGAAACCUCAUGAACAAAUUGAUUUGCACUCGGGUGAAUCUGUGAAAACAUGGUCUGCUACUUCCGUGCGAGGCUCCGUCAUAGUCAAAUUUGGCUCUCGGGAUGUAGAUGUUGCAAGACGUUGGUUGAGGGACAUGCUAUUGCGAGAUGGGACAGUGGGGAGGGAGUUUGGAGAACGCUCUUUGUUGUGUCUACAAUGA